AUGGGUAUAGAAGGUACGAUAACACAGGAUAUAGAGAAAAAGCAGCUCAUCUGGUACGGACAUGUAGAGCGAAUGAAGGACACUAGAUGGCCCAAGAAAAUAAUCAAUUGGCAACCAAAGGGCAGAAGAAAACAGGGAAGACCGAAACUGGAAUGGCAAAAAAGCGUACACAAAGCGAUGAGUGAAAGAAACCUGUCAACAGAGGAUUGUACGAAUAGAACAGGAUGGAAAUUGGAUAUCGGACAACUUGUUUUUCCUUUAGUUGCAGGUGGCUAUGGUGCGGGUGAUGACAGAGGCUACUUUGGACCAUGGAGAACGUGCAAGCUUUUGUUAUACAACCGAGAAAGAUGUGACGACGAUGUUUCGAGGUUUAGACCGUCAGUUGCCGUUAGGGUGGCAGGUAUUGUGGCCGUCUUAGGAGUGCUUAUUUUGGGUGUAUUUUGUUUUCUCAGUGUGAUACAACUAGCCAUGAUCAGUUCCAAGGAAAAAGUCGUAAUGAAGUAUAGUGCAGCGGUUUUAACCAAAGUUGUUCUAGCUUUUAUAGCAGCACUUUUGGCUAUAGUAUCAGCCAGUCUUUUUGCCACUCAAAUUGAUGAUGAAAGAAACGGUUUCAUCGUAACACGUGGUCCAGGAAUUUAUAUAGAGAUUUUGUCCAUCGUCCUGAAUUCCUGCCUUUUUGUGAUGUCCCUUUAUGAUAUGCUGUUUUCAAAGCGCGAAGGUGGGGACCCUACCACUGUAAGCAUGCCGGUGGAAUCCACGACAUAUGGCAACCCUGGAUUCAGAGAAAGAGGAACGAAUGGUGUGGGAAUAUCUAUGACAGACGCCAGUGGGAAGCCUUACACUGUGGCAACAAAUGGUUCUAUGGCGUCCAUGAACACCACUUCAACAACUAUGGGUUCUACAAAUGGUUCUACAGUCGAUUCCUCGGUCAACAUGACGAGGUCUCCUCUAAGAAGUAGUCUCAAAAAGCCCAAACCGAAAGAGGGUUUGGGUAUCCAGAAUCCUGGAUUUAGCGGUACUUCCCCGACGCUGAAUCGAAAUGGUAGUACGAAGAAAGUACGAAUACAGACAGUCAGUACCGAAGUAUAGCUUCUGAUGCCUUAUACCACAUAUCUUUUUUAAAACAAAUUUUAAAGUGACUUUCUGCCAAAUAGUUUAUCUUCAAGCUUAGUUAAGGGUUCGUAGAAUUAACGUAAGCUUCCCAAUUUUUUGUAAAUUUGUAUGUUGUGAAACAAUGUGACAAUCGUAUACUGAUGUGUUGUGAAUGUAAGUUGUUAUGAUGUGUAAUAUUCUUGUGUUUAUAAUGGUACUGCACAAAAUGGGUAGUCAAUUAACAAUAAGAAGUCAGAUUUUAAUAUUUCUAAAGCAUCUUUUAUAGGUAUAACUUUUUAUAUAUACAAUAUAUGCAAUUUUAUUAUUGCAAAUUGCAAAAAUAAGAUUUAAAUUGUUUUAGUCAUUUUUACAGGA